CCUUAGUCAUACCUCACGGCUGGCAAGAUGGUGAAGUACCUCUGUUUCAUCCUUUGUGUCGCCGGUUUCUGGUUCGCUAAGAAUGCAGACGCCCAUGGCCGUCUGAUGAAGCCUUGUCAGAGAGCAUCGCUGCAUAGAUGUUACCAAGAUCAGAACUUUCCGGCAAACACUAACGACAUGGCAUUGUUUUGUGGGGGAAAGGGGACUCAAUGGAAUGUUAAUGGAGGAAAAUGUGGAAUAUGCGGUGAUCCCUACAAUGGAGCGAAGCCCCACGAAGCAGGCGGAAAGUAUGCAACAGGAUUCAUAACAGAGACCUAUCGUCAAGGGCAGGAGAUCGACGCGACAGUUGAACUUACUGCAGCACAUCGUGGGAAAUUCUUCUUCAAAAUCUGCAAACAAACUAAUGACUACAUUGAGGUGACCCAAGAAUGCUUAGACAAAUCACAGUUGAAGGUAGUUCAGAAUGGCGAACUCAAGGACUACUAUGCAGUAACAGAAACUGGAUCCGCGAUGAUUAACAUAAAGUUGAAGCUGCCGGACGAUUUGACAUGUGAACACUGUGUCUUCCAAUGGUGGUACACUACUGGAAACAAUUGGGGACGGUUUCCUGGAGAAAAGGGAUGUCUAGGUUGCGGACCACAAGAAACCUUUGUGAAUUGCGCUGACGUCAAAAUUGAGCCUCGGGAUGAAACCCCGAAACCGGUGACAAAGGUUACGACUGCACAACCAAUCACCAACCAACCUCAAACAGUGCGACCAGGUACAUGUCGCCCAUCUUGCAUUGCCGGACAGUAUCUGUCUUGUCAGUCUGUUAAAUUGCCUGGAAUCAUAGGCGUUAACGAUUGGUGCUACUUCAUGUGCAAAGAUCACUCACCAAACUGUCCUAAUCACUGUAGUUGCACUUGCAAACCUGACCAACAAUGCACCAUCAAACCCGUGUUUCAGUUUCUCGUCAGACAGGAUUUUUGCGAUUAUCUCAUUAUGAUUGCCCCUAAUUCUCAUUAUCUCAAGUAUUUUUGCGACUGUAUCUAGUACAAUAUGUUUCUAUUGAUAAAAUUGCUACACUGUAUAAGAAUAAAAAAUCAUAUUAUGUACAUCUUCUUUUUUUUUUCUUUUUUUACAUGCAUUACAACAUACAUGUAAUAUAAGGUUGUUUAUAACGUCGCGGAAGUAUACGUUAUUCGAUUCAUUUUUAAUAGGCAGAAUACAAGAAUAUCUCUUUUUAAAAAUAAACUAUCACAUUGGUG